AUGGAUUCAUACCAAGCGCUCGACAUCGACUCGAGGGUAAAGCGAGUUCUGAAAAGCACGCCACUCUUCGAUCUUCACAAUGACCUCCCACAACAACCGCGAGCUUGCUUCCAUGGCAGGAUACACGACAAUCCAAAGUUCGACUUGCAAAAGGGUUUCGAAAGAGGGAUGACAGAUAUUCCUCGACUCCGACAGGGCGCCGUUGGUGCCCAAUUCUGGAGCAUUUGCGUCCCAUGUCUCCGGUCCGCAGAGAACUUCUCUACUCCCGAGUAUAGCGACAUGGCUCGUGAUGCUACUGAGCAGAUCGACAUGACCGUCAGGAUGGUCCAGAGUUAUCCGGAUACCUUUCAGCUCAUCUUCGAGCCUGAAGAUGUCGAAAAAGCUUACAAGGAUAACAAGAUUGCGUGUUCCAUUGGCAUCGAAGGUCUGCAUAUGGCAGGCAACAGCAUCGGGAUCAUUCGAGCCUUUUACUCCCUCGGUGUGCGAUAUUGCACUCUAACGCAUGUAUGUAACAAUGCGUUUGCGGAUUCGUCCACGUCGAAGAUCGGUCCAGUCCAUGGAGGUCUUUCGCACCUUGGUCGAUCUGUGAUCAAGGAGAUGAACAGGUUAGGAAUGUUAAUCGACCUCUCACAUGUCUCUCCAGACUGCGCUCGUCAAGCGCUAGAGUUAACCAGAGCACCUGUCAUGUUCUCACACUCCAACGUGAAAGCUGUGUUUGAUUGCCCUCGGAAUGUCCCAGACGAAAUCCUAGACAUGAUACCGGCGAAUGGAGGUCUGAUUGCCGUAACAUUCGUGCCUGAGCAUGUCACCACCAGGAGACAGGACGCGAAGAUGGAAAUGGUUCUAGAUCACCUGUUCUACAUUGCGAAUCGCAUCGGUUGGGAUCAUGUCGGCUUGGGCUCCGACUUUGAUGGUAUCGCGAGCGUCAUACCAGGUCUUGAGGAUGUUCGCUGCUAUCCAGCAUUGUUGAAGGCUAUACUUGACCGCGGUGCAACGGAAGAGCAGCUUGCGAAAGUGUGUGGUGCCAAUAUGAUUCGAGUCUGGAAAGGCGCAGUCAAGACUCGCGAUUGCAUGAAGGCUGAAGGCGUUCUGCCAGUAGAGGAUGUUUGGGAAGGUAGAACCUGGUGGCGAUACGACGGCUACUAUCAGAUGCCGGAUCCAGAUCCAGAGGACAAGCUUGGUCUCGAUUGGUAUGGGGUGCCGCCUCCUGAAACCGGAUUGUAUCAUAAGCAAUAG